GCAUUUUGCUAUUUAACCAUAAUAAUUAUUCGUGUUUUCUUCUUACGAGAAACUGUAAAUUAUUAUUUUUUCGGUGACUUCUCUAUUUUCGUGUAUGGUAAUUAUUUUAUUUUAUAAAUUUAUGAGUUUACCUGGCCGUUAAGUCUACAGAAGUUUUCGUACGUGUAUGCUGUAGUACGCCGCACCACCAGUAGAUAGAUCUGUCUGUUACGAUUAUAAUACAGUUCGAAAUUUUUGGUCUGCUUAUUGUAUCUGAAACACAUACAUAUUCUAUCCAUACGGUGAAAUAUGUGUUUUUUCUCGAUCAAGAAAUUUUUUAGUAUCAACAAAAAGCAGAAAACUGUCAACGUGGGAGAUGAACUCAAACGUUCACUAAUAAAAAAUUUAGAAAUCUUUAAGCAUGUGCCAAAUGAAACUGUUUGUCGUAUCGACGACGUCAAGUCGACAUUAACCGCAUUGCUAUUAUUAUCUGUACACGAACGGAGUUCACUGGACCUUCAACUAUUUGAUCAAAAAUUAAAGUCUCUUGUGGAAUACUUUAAGCAAGACGUACUUUUACGAGAAUACACGAAACGCGUUUAUUCCAAAGAUGAGCUAUAUCGUUAUACUGUAGUUGUCAAUGAACUAUUCCAAACUUCCGAGUUAUUAAGUUCCCAACUAAGAAAUAUGUUAUAUUUAAACAAUAGAAACUCUCGGAUUGCCGAAAUGACAAUUGAAAUCACCCAGGCAUCAAAACAGUUGAAAGAAAAAAGAGAAAAACUCUGCGUAGAUGUAGAAAUGGCGAUUAAAAACCGCAUGAUGCGCAAGUGGUCCAUAUUACAACUUUCAAGAGACAAUCAAUCAUUAGAGGAAUUUCUGAGCGAAUUAACUGGUAUGAAAAGGGCGAUGAUCUUGAGACAACAACAGGUGGUCGGAAUUCUAGCAAAAGUGCAGCGACACGUUGAUGCAACCAAAAUGACACGUAACAGACGUGUGGCGGAGUGUUACGACGAAUUUGACGAUUCUGCAACCGAGUCACAACGAUACAUCAGUUUGCUCCAGGAUGACGCCGCCGACGCCUCAAAAGUCAUAAACGAUACAGACGGAUGGAAUACACUGCCUGAAAUCAGCUCUCGCGGGACAUUUCAAGACGCACUAUAGGUACUUUUGUAUAAACAUUCCUAUAAGUUAUAAUUUAUAUUUUUUUAAAUGUAAAUAAACUACUGGUUGACAUGGUCUUGAACUUUAAAUAUAGUCUCUUUUGACGAAA